AUGUGGAAAAUAUCCGUUCCAAUUAACGAUAUCGCGGGUUUAAAAAGAGUUCUGGCUGAGAUAGAUGACUAUACGGAAAUGGAAGUUGGACAAGGAAUAGUCCCGACAUUUGGAGAUGAUCUUGGUAAUGAGAAUAAUGUUCAAGUUUUAAUGGGGAAGUCUGCAACUACGGACAUGGAAAAAAUGAUGAAAAAAAUAGUAGAAAUGGCGUUAACAAAGAAUAAAGCUCAAGUUCAAGAACAGUUUGAUGGAAUCGAAAAUAAGAUCCAAGAUUUGACCAAUUUAGUUGAAAGUAAAUCAUUUGAUAGGAAGGUGGAUAAAGAACUUUGGGCUAUUGAAAUAGAUGACGAGCUUUGGGUAAAACAUCCUUAUAAAAAUAACAAUGAUAAAUCGAAAGAGAGAGAGAAAAGAGUUGAUAUUGGAUGUGCCGUAACCAACAUUAGUGGUGCUGGAUUUUUAACCGUAGUUUUCCUUAAUGAUAGAAAUGAACAAAACAUUUAUUUUUUGUAA